CGUCCUCACUAGUCACUACCGUUCCCAUAAAAAAAAAAUCUCCCCCCUUUCCCUUUCCCUUCCGUUCGAUAGGGUUUAGCCAAGAGGGUUUUCUCCACCUGCAAAAAUCCUUCGACAAUCCAUGGCGAAACCAAGCCGUGGGCGGGGGGCAUCCCCCUCCGGCUCUUCUUCCUCGAGGUCCCGCUCCCGCUCUCGCUCCUCCGGCUCCGCUUCUCGCAGUGUCAGCUCUCGCUCCCGUUCCGGCUCUCGCUCCCGUUCCCCCUCUCGCUCCUUAUCCUCUUCUUCUUCGCCUUCUCGUCGCAGCGUUAGCUCUCGCAGUGCUAGUCCCAGCGUCAGCCCUCCUCUGCAGCGCAAAAUUUCCCCUGAACCAGCAAAGAGAGGCCGUUCUCCACCUCCACAGGCUAAAAAGGCUUCUCCCCCUAGGAAACCUUCAACACUUCCAGAAUCUAAGGUUGUCUACAUCAACAAGCUCACAAGGAAUGUUAAUGAGGGUCAUCUUAGAGAGAUUUUUGGCACCUUUGGUGAAGUUGUAAAUGUAGAACUGGCUAUGGACCGAAUUGUCAAUCUUCCCAAAGGAUAUGCAUAUGUGGAAUUUAAGACAAGAGCUGAUGCUGAAAAGGCACAAGUGCAUAUGGAUGGAGCUCAAAUUGAUGGAACUAUUGUGGUGGCGCAAUUAACCUUACCGCCCAGUGAAAAGGUAUCACCCACCAAAGCUGUUGCUCCUCCUCCCAAAAAAGACGUUACCAAAAAUGACGGUGUAGAUGCUGGGAAGGAUGGACCAAAACGAGCAAGAGAAGCAUCUCCACGUCCUAGAAGAUCUCCUGUUGCUCGCAGAGGGGGUUCACCUAGAAGAAUGAAUCCUCCACCUCGUCGUCGUGCAGAUUCUCCUAUCCGUAGAGAAUCCCCUUUUCGCCGAGGUGAAUCACCUAAAAGAAGGCGUCCUAUAUCUCCGAGAGGCCGUUCUCCAUCUCCGUCAAAGCGCCCAAGAUCACCUGUGAGGGGUUCUCCGCGGAGGGUGCGAGGAAGUCCUGUUCGUAGACGAUCUCCCUUACCCCCACGACGACGCUCGCCACCACCAAGACGAGCUCGGAGCCCUCCUAGAAGGUCUCCUGUUGGUCGUAGACGUAGCCGCUCUCCUGUUCGUAGGAUAGGUCGCUCACGCUCAAGAUCACCCUCACCUCGAAGAAGACCACCAGUUAGAAGAGGAAGGUCAUCUUCAGGCUCUCCAUCUCCAAGUCCAAGAAGGGUACCUAGGAGGAUAUCAAGGAGUCCUAGGAGGCCAUUGAAAGGAAGGAGUAAGAGCAGCAGCAGGAGCCGAAGUAGCAGCGGAUCCCCUCGUAAACCAUAAGUUUGAAGUUAUAUGGGGGAGUUGCAUGUCAGAAAGUUUACAUACUAAGCACGAGGUUGUUGAUUGGGGCCUCUUUCCAUCCCGUGGACUGCCUGUUUUGUAAUUUGUGCUGGCUCGUUUUUUUUUAUCUCGACUCUUUAGGAAUUUUAUUGUUGCUGAAAACAUAUUUACAAUGAGUACUGGCUAGCGCUGCUAUGUGCUGGUGCUGGUGAUGUGUUAAUUUUACCCUAGAGAUGUACUUAAGCUGCUUAGCUUCGCUUUGCUUUUAGUGUUAAUGAAUCAUAAAACUAGGAUUGCAAAAUGUAAGUUACACUGCUUUCAUACUUGCGUGUAUGCAAUAUUUGCAAAAGUGAUUGUGAACUUUGUUUACAAGGUCUGGUUACCUUGAGAA